AUGUCGAGUCGUUUUGAACUUCUUCCAAACGAAACAAUCAUGGAUAUGUAUGAAUAUCUAGAUAUUUUUGACAUUAUGCAUUCAUUUUCCAAUCUUAAUUCGCGAUUCAACUCGCUUAUAAAUGAUAGUCGUAUUUACGUAUCACUUGACUUAUCAUCGGCAAUAAACGAUAUACGAUUUGACAUUGUAAGUCGUGAAAUUCUACCUCAAAUAUCUCAUCGUCUAAUAUCAUUAAUUAUUGCUGAAAAGUCACGUAUCCUUGCAUUCAGUUUGAUGUGUAAUAAUUCAUCAUUUCAUUCGUUGCAAAUAUUAUCGUUGAUCGAUAUUGAAAAAAGUAAUAAUCUAAAAACUAUACUAGAAAAACUACCGUUACUAUUAUGUUUAUCUAUUAAAACAAAUAAAAUUGAUAAUGAAAUAACAAUUAGUGAGAUAUGCUCAAUGAGUUUAGCAAAAUUAACAUUAAAAAAAUGUUUACUUAACUUUUGUAAUCAGUGUAUAUUUAAAGAUCUAUUAAUAACGUCGAACAUUAAGCAAUUAACAAUUGGAUGGUGUUCAAUGUCAGAAUUAAUUGUUUUAUUUCGUCAUUUACCAUAUUUACGUAUAUUACACGUUCGUUAUUUAUUUAAUUAUGAUUAUUCAGUGACAGUAUUAAAUGAUACAAAUUUAGUUAUAAAAGAAUUAAACCUAUUUCUUUAUGGUGUACCGUAUAACAACAUCGAAUUGUUAUUGAGAUGUAUGCCACUACUAAAAAUGUUAACAAUCAGAGGACAAUUGGAUGAUCUUACUUAUACAGAUAGUCAACAAUGGGAAACAGUAUUUUCAUCUUCGUUAUUAUUAUUGCGCGUGUUUAACAUAAAUUUUACUCCAAGAGAAGAAUUGUUAAAUUCUACUCCAAGUCAAAAUUCUGAAGGGCGUUGGUAUGAAUUACUUUCACCAACACAAAUCUCGAUUGGAGAACAAAAGUCGGAUGACAAUAAGAAGCAGCAACAGAAGAAGAAAAAAUGUCGAGGUAAUCGUAAGGCACAACAUUUGAGAAGACGAGAACGUCGAGAUCAACAAAUAAUCAAAACUCAUGGUGAAGAUAACGAUGAUCCAAUGGAAGAAGAUCUCGAACAAAUUCAAGAAUAUUCAUUGAGUACAUGGUUUCUAACGAUAAAAGCAUAG